AUGUUGCGUUCUGUCCCGAUAAGCGAGACGUAUGGGGUGCUGGAAGAACUGACUUCAGGCGCAGCGGCCACUGUUUACAGGGGUGUGCGAAAGUGUGAUGGGUUGCCGGUCAUCCUAAAGGUAUGUACAAGAGACGCGACAGCACCCAGAUUACCGGCCUCCGAAGUGACUUCUAUGUGUGUACCAAACGAGUACGUCUUCCUGAAGAAGGUACAACACAUCGAUGGGUGUGUGCGUAUGCUGGAUUUCUCUGAAGAGCCAUCCAACAACAAAUGGACAAUAGUACUUGAGGACCUGGAGGCCGCAGGCUACGUCAAUCUUGCGAGGCUCAUUAAUUGCUCCUUCCAGUUGAAUGAUGUUGUCAUUUCAUGGAUACUACGAAGCGUAGUCAAGAUACUCACUGAAAUCCAUGCCGUUGGGGUUCUUCACUGUGAUAUCAAGCCAGACAACAUUUUUGUGGAUUUCAAAAGGUCCCUUGUAAAACUGAUAGAUUUCAACUUUUCUGCCGCUACGACAUUCACGGAUCAUAACGAUAUUCCGCCGUGCACGCCAGAUUAUGCGCCCCCCGAAGUGUUGGUCAACCGGAAUCCUUGGACGGUUGCGGGAGAAGUUUGGUCUCUUGGUUGUACCGCAUUUGUUAUGCUGUGCAGGCGUUUUCCCUUUUCGAAUCCUUGGAUGUCGGCCUCUAUGAACCCGGCUUAUCCCCCGUGCAAGUCUGAUCUCGCUAGCCACUCAUGCCGUAGCUUGUUAACUUAUAAACCCAAGUGCACGGUGACUACGGGGGAAGCCGUGCUCUCACCAAAAGCGAAAGAUUUUCUUUUAUUUUGUCUUACUCGUUCGCCUUUACAGCGACCAACUCUCAGUGCGUUGUCCCAACAUCCGUUUCUUAAGAACAGUGACAAAGUAAUAGACAUUCCAGAUAUUGACGAGGUGUUGCGUUCGCCGGCAAUUUUGGUCUCAUAUGGCAUCACCUGCGCUGGUAUGUUGCGUUCUGUCCCGAUAAGCGAGACGUAUGGGGUGCUGGAAGAACUGACUUCAGGCGCAGCGGCCACUGUUUACAGGGGUGUGCGAAAGUGUGAUGGGUUGCCGGUCAUCCUAAAGGUAUGUACAAGAGACGCGACAGCACCCAGAUUACCGGCCUCCGAAGUGACUUCUAUGUGUGUACCAAACGAGUACGUCUUCCUGAAGAAGGUACAACACAUCGAUGGGUGUGUGCGUAUGCUGGAUUUCUCUGAAGAGCCAUCCAACAACAAAUGGACAAUAGUACUUGAGGACCUGGAGGCCGCAGGCUACGUCAAUCUUGCGAGGCUCAUUAAUUGCUCCUUCCAGUUGAAUGAUGUUGUCAUUUCAUGGAUACUACGAAGCGUAGUCAAGAUACUCACUGAAAUCCAUGCCGUUGGGGUUCUUCACUGUGAUAUCAAGCCAGACAACAUUUUUGUGGAUUUCAAAAGGUCCCUUGUAAAACUGAUAGAUUUCAACUUUUCUGCCGCUACGACAUUCACGGAUCAUAACGAUAUUCCGCCGUGCACGCCAGAUUAUGCGCCCCCCGAAGUGUUGGUCAACCGGAAUCCUUGGACGGUUGCGGGAGAAGUUUGGUCUCUUGGUUGUACCGCAUUUGUUAUGCUGUGCAGGCGUUUUCCCUUUUCGAAUCCUUGGAUGUCGGCCUCUAUGAACCCGGCUUAUCCCCCGUGCAAGUCUGAUCUCGCUAGCCACUCAUGCCGUAGCUUGUUAACUUAUAAACCCAAGUGCACGGUGACUACGGGGGAAGCCGUGCUCUCACCAAAAGCGAAAGAUUUUCUUUUAUUUUGUCUUACUCGUUCGCCUUUACAGCGACCAACUCUCAGUGCGUUGUCCCAACAUCCGUUUCUUAAGAACAGUGACAAAGUAAUAGACAUUCCAGAUAUUGACGAGGUGUUGCGUUCGCCGGCAAUUUUGGUCUCAUA